AUGGCCGACGCACUACCAACACCAGGGUCUGGCGAACGCGCCGUCCGUGGCGCGUUUGUCGUCCUCGAGGGGCUGGACCGCAGCGGCAAGACGACGCAGGUCGAGCUGCUGGCGAAGCGCUUGAGGGGACAUGGACGCGACGUUGAGGUGAUGCGGUUUCCGGACCGCACCACCCCCAUCGGCCAGAUGAUCGACGCCUACCUCAAAAGCCAGGCCGCCAUGGACGACCACGUCAUCCACCUGCUCUUCUCGGCCAACCGCUGGGAGGCCGUCGCCAAGAUUGCGGGCCUGCUGGCAGAGGGCACGACCGUCGUCUGUGACCGCUACUACUACAGCGGCAUGGUCUACUCGGCGGCCAAGCACAACCCGGCGCUGUCGCUGCCCUGGGCGCGGGCGCCCGAAGUCGGCCUGCCGCGGCCGGACCUCGUCGUCUUCUUGGACCUGACCGAGGACGAGGCCAAGAAGCGCGGCGGCUGGGGCGACGAGAUUUACGAAAAGGCCGCGAUGCAGCGCAACGUGCGCCAGCUGUUUUGGGGCCUGAGCCUGGGCCGCAUCGACCCGGACACCGGCGCCGCCGUCGACAACGACCGCCCGUCGACGCGGCAGCUCGUCUUCCGCGAGGAGGAAGAGGACCUGUACGUGACGGACGCAUCGACGACGGUGGACGAGGUAGCCGAUGCCGUGUGGACGGUGGCCAGCAAGCGCAUUGCGGCCGUCGAGCGCGGCGAGCUGGGACGGACGGUGCGGCGGGUGACAUGA